ACCCAAGCCGACUGGGUGAAAGGCAACCACGCUUACCCCUACACCACGGUCCCGCAAUUUUUCAAGCAAACUAGACAAAAAUCGUUUGAAAAAUAUUACUAUGUAUUAACAAAAGCGGAAAAUGACGAGCAUUGCACCAACAUUGGAUUAACGCUGUAAAUCAUGUCCGUCUCCAGGAACACUGUGAAAUGCGAUGGAGGCGGAUGGUUGUUCACUCCGUACAAGUUACAUGCUUGCAUGCAACAUUUCUCGAUUGCGUCUUUGCUGAAUCGGAAAGAAAAAAUCUCAGCUGAACUGCUAGAUGGCGCCACCGAAUGUGUUUGUGUUUGCACUAAUUGAUUACACUCUGAAACAAAACUAGACAGAUUUCAGUAAAAACGUUUUCUGACUUUCUUUUUUCUGUCAAAUUGCGUGCCAUGCUUUUCAUCUGUUUUCAUUGUUCUGACGGGGGCGGUCGUGUUUUUCGAUGUUCGUGCGAAAUUUAACAAAUUUUCAUCGUGAUUAAAGAGAGAGAAGGAUAAGCACCAAUUUCGCGAUGAAACGAGCCUACCCCGGGAGCGGCCCAAACAGUUCCAACAACAGCGGCGGUGGCUUCAAGCAGCCGAACCGUCUGGCCACUCAACGGCAGUCGCUUCCGAUCGCCAACGUCCGGCGCGAGAUCGUCGAAGCGGUUCAGAAGAAUCAAACGCUCGUUCUGCUGAGUGACACGGGCUCCGGGAAGAGCACCCAGAUUCCGCAGUACUUGUACGAGGACGGUGUGGGCGAGGGCAAAAUGAUUGGGAUUACGCAGCCCCGGCGGGUGGCGGCGAUUACGGUGGCGAAACGGGUUGCCCAGGAGCAGGAAUGUUCGGUGGGGGAUGUGGUUGGGUACGCGGUUCGCUUUGAGGACGCGACGUCGGCAAACACGCAGAUAAAGUAUCUGACGGACGGAAUUUUGUUCCGGGAGGCGUUAUCCGAUCAACUGCUCAAGAAAUACAACAUAAUUGUGCUUGACGAGGCACACGAGCGGACGAUUGCGACGGAUGUGCUGUUUGGGAUCGUGAAAAAGGCGCAGCAGACCCGGCGGAAGAUGCUGGUACCGUUGAAGGUGAUUGUGAUGUCGGCCACGAUGGACGUGGACCAUUUUUCACAAUAUUUUAAUAAAUGCCCUGUUAUGCACCUGCAAGGAAGCAACUUCAAGGUGAAGGUCUAUCAGUCGAUGGACAAUACGAACUACCUGGAAGCGGUCAUUACGACGAUUUUCCAGAUUCACGAAAACUGCAACGACGACGGGGACAUUUUGGUGUUCCUGACGGGUCAGGAGGAGAUUGAAGCGGCGACCGCCCUGGUACGCCGGCUGGCCAAGGCCAUCAACCAUCGUGACCUGCCGCGAAUGCUCGUGGUUCCAAUGUACGGAGCUAUGUCCCAGAACAGCCAGCAGGAUCCGUUUGCGCUGGCACCGCCUUUCACGCGGAAAGUGGUCUUGGCGACGAAUAUUGCCGAAACGUCCAUUACCAUCCCGGCCAUAAAGUACGUCGUCGACAGUGGCAAGGUGAAGGUGCGAACGUUCGAUCCGGUCACCGGAAUCGAUUCCCUCAAAGUGACCUGGAUUUCCAGGGCCCAAGCUUGGCAGCGAACGGGUCGAGCCGGUCGUACGGCGGACGGCGAGUGCUACCGAACCUACUCGAAAGAAGACUUCAAAGCAAUGGCUGCUACCAGCACGCCGGAAAUUCUCCGCUGCAGCGUCGUUUCGUCAACCCUCCAGCUGCUCGCCCUCGGCAUCAACUGUCGCGACUUUGACUUCCUGGACAAACCUCCUGCCGACGCACUGACCAGUGCCAUGCAGGAGCUCAAAGCUCUUGGCGCGAUCAUGUCCGUAGAUCAACCCGCCCUCACCACCCUCGGUCGCAAAAUGUCCAAACUCCCACUCGACCCAAAAUACGCCAAAAUCCUGCUCAGCGCCACCGACUACGGCUGCCUCGAAGAAGCUCUCACGAUCGUCGCAAUGCUCUCCGGUGAAAACGUCUUCUACAACACCAGCCAAAAGCGCGAACAAGUCCUGACCGCCCACGCCAAGUUCCACGCCAAAUGUGGCGACCACGUCACACUUCUGAACGUGUUCAACGAGUUCAAAACCAAGGACGAACCCAAACGCUGGUGCCACGACAACUUCCUGCUCGAGCGCAAUCUCAGCCACGCCGCUGCCGUCCGAACCCAGCUGGCCAACAUCUGCCGAUCCCUUGGACUCCCCCCCACGUCCUGCGGCAACGAUCCCGUCCCCAUAGUCAAGUGUCUGCUGACCGGGCUGUACCGCAACAUUGCCGAACUGCAGCGUGACAACAGCUACCUUACGCUGGCCAAUCGCACCCGGUGCCGAAUUCACCCGGCCAGCGUGAUUCACGGCCGAGCGCGACCCGGCUAUCUACUCUUCACCGAGCUGGUCUCCACCGGAACGAACUACCUGCGAACGAUCAGCGAGAUCGAACCGGAGUGGGUGGGGGAAGUGGUGCCGCACUGUACCUUCCUGGAUCGGAUCACGUGCGGAGGGAACCGGGGCAGUAGCAGCUGUUACAGUGAGGUGGCACAAGGAGGAAGGACGGCGUGAGAAGGGGCGGACUAAUCUUUUUAUUUGCAUUUGAUGUCAAGGAUAAAAGUGCGGCGGAUACAUACAUUUAAAAAUGUAGCAAUAAAACUAAAGUUGUUUUCGAUCAUAA